GCUGAAGGGAAAGUGAAAGUCAGAGCUCAGACUUUAACCUCCUCCCCGCUGCUGCGCCUCAGUCUGUCUCUCUGUCCGGUUCGGUUCUGUUCGGCGGGAUGGCUGACGGUCCGCCGCUGAUCGUGGAGGGGGACUGGGAUCCGUCCCAGAGCAAAAACGUCAAGCUGAAGCUGCAGCUUUACUUCCAGAGCAAGAAGAAGUCUGGCGGAGGAGACUGCCGGGUGGAGCUGGAGGACAACGCCGCCAGAGUCUACUUCAACUCCGGGGAGGUGAGACAGCAGGUCCUGCAGAGGGACAAUCAUCAAAUCCUCCUGGGGGAGAAGACUAUCAAGUUGAAGCUGACUUCAGAAGCAAGUCAUCUGGAAAAGAACUCAACAAGCAACCAGACAGAUUCAGGAGCUUCAUCAGAUUUAAAGAGCUCAGAGUCUGAAAGUGAACCUGAAGCUGGAUCUGCAGCAGACCAAGACGUGAAAGCAGGUCUGCCCCCCGCUGUAGUUCUGGAGAACAUCUCAGACAACUUGUCCAGAGAUCUGCUGCUGCUGAUGGUGGAGGCCGUCUCUGGCGUGAAUGAGAAUAACUUCGGUCUGGAGAUCAUCCGGGAGUCCCACGCAGCUGUGGUCACUUUCAGCUCGCCUGCAGUUGCAGAGAAGUUUAUGACUGUCUGCGAGAAACACCCAAAGCUCCAGAAGCACGGCCUGACCGCCCGACCACUGGAGAAAGCAAGGAGUGUUCGAGUGGAGAGUCUUCCUUCAACUGCGAGCCAAGACAUGCUGGAGCUUUGGUUGGAGAAGAUCUGGGUUCUACCAAACAACGUUGUCAUGAUCCCAGAGGAACAAGCGGCCAUUGUUUCCUUCAGUGACCCCAAAGUUGUGGAAAGUAUUUGCUCAACAGUAGACCACAUGAUGCGGUCUACUCCUCUCAAGCUGUAUUCUUACUAUGAAUCUCUUGGAAGUGCCCUGUACGGCAAAGACCGCCCGACCUGGGAAAUGCCCAAGCCCUUCACAGAAAGAGUCCACCCUGUUAUCUGGAAGUUCCUCCACAUGAAGAGUCUGUGGAAAAGCAUCAGUGAUCAGAUGAACCCUCACUUCUGCAGUGUGAAGAUAGACGACCCUGAAGCAAAACUCAGCCCUCUGCAGAGCUUUUUAUGGCAGAAAGGUCUUACUGCUAAAGACGUAGAUAACUGGAAGCAGAACGCCCAACAGGCCUUCCAGCGUUUAAUGUCUGAGUACUUGGCCUUCGAGUGUGUGAUGAGCACAAAAGCUUGGAGAGUUGCAGAGAUGGACAUCCGUUCAGUAACAAACGGGGAGGCUGCUGUUGAUUUGGAUGCUUCAAGAGAGGUUUUGUGUGUUGCCUGUCGAGCUGAUGACAUGCAGAAAAUCCGAGCUCCUGUGGAGAACAUUGUGCUUAAAGCAAUGAAUUAUAUUGAACGUCAGGAAAAAGGCAUCACAGAAGAUUUGCAGUUGUCCUCUGCAUGGUUCUACAUCCUGAAGCAGGAAGGGUUUCAGAGAGCUGCCACAGACAUCUCACCAGAGCUGCUCGUCUCAUAUGACGAAGGAACCAAGAAGUUAACCAUGAAAGGACUCCCAGAAGAAGUGUCUAAAAUGAAGUCAUGGAUCUUAGAAAAGAACACAAAAAUGGCUAAAAAAUCCAUAUUUAUUCCGCCAGCACUUCUAGAGUAUCUCAACACUAUGGAUCCAAUGGACAUGUCACAAAACUUGUUUACUUCUCACGGCAUAAGUGCUGUAUACUGCAUUGACAUCAAAGGGAUAGUCCUGAUGGGGACAUCUGACAAAGUCCUUUCUGAUGCUGAGGAUAAAAUUAGGGCAGAACUGCUCGUUCAGUCUCUUGAUGUGAAAGAUGAGGAGGUCUUGAACCUUAAAAACUGGGAAGACCUGAAGAAAAACCUGCUUGAUACCUACAACAGUGCAAACAAGAAAACGGUCACAAUCCAUCUUGACCAAGAAAGACAACUCAAAGUUACUGUGGCUGGCUUCAUGAAUCCAGUCAAAGAGGUCAGCCGUGAUUUGAAAAAGUUCAUUGAAGAAUACUCGAGAGUUAACGAAAAAGUCAGAGUCCAUUCCAGUGCUGCUCUUGAGUUCAUUGAUAAGAGAAAAAAACGCAACUGGCUUAGCAUUGCCAAAGACAACAAAGUGUUUGUCAAAUUUGAUUCUAAAAGGUCAAGAAUGACCUUCAGCGGUGCUCAAAUCAAUGUCCAGAAAACAAAAUCCUCCAUCCUGGAAAUGGUCCACGCUCUCUACACUGACACCUUAACAGUGGACAAGCCUGGCGCCAAAAAGUUUUUCCAGUCUCAAGGAAGCCUGUUCCUGUCUUCAAUAUUGACACAGUUAAACUGUGUUGUGCUGCUUCAGUCUGAGAUUCCAGAUGAAGAGGAGGAAGAGAGCUAUGGGGAAGAAAACAGUCUUUGUUACUGUAAAGUUCAGACCAACUCUGGAGUUCAGCUUUGUGUUAGCAGAGGAGAUAUCUGCAGUUUUAGUGUUGAUGCUGUGGUCAAUGCAGCCAAUGAAGACCUGCAACACAUUGGUGGCCUGGCAUUAGCGCUGCUCAAGGCUGCAGGCCCAGAACUUCAAAAGCUUAGUGACGAUUAUGUGGCUAAAAACGGAAAACUAAGGCCAGGUGAUGCUGUUGUUACAGACGCAUGCAACCUCUCCUGCAAGUACGUCAUUCAUGCAGUUGGUCCACGGUUCUCUGACUAUGACAAGAAGACUUCUGUGUCACGACUGAAAUCUGCAGUUAAACAAAGUCUGAGACAAGCAGACAGUGUCAGCUGCUCCUCCAUCGCACUGCCAGCAAUCAGCUCAGGCAUAUUUGGUUUUCCUGUCCAGCUCUGCGCUGAGACCAUAGCUCAGGCUGUGAGGGAGUUUUGUGACAGUCCACAAGGUCCACGGAGCUUAACUGAGAUUUAUCUAGUUGACAACAAAGAAGAUACCAUCAAAGUCAUGGCCACGGCGGUUAGCAAGGAGUUCAGUGACCUCGGACCGGUCGUGACAAUCCCCCAGCAGAGGAGCAACAAGGACCCCAAGCCUUCAGGUGGCAAACUUCCGAGUCGAGGUAAUCAGGGUGAGCUCCCCAGACGCCAUCCUUCUGCAGAAAGAGGAGCAGAGGGAGGACCGUUAGGAAACCAUCAGGUCAACAGGGGGAAUCAAAGCCCCAAAAAACUUUCUAGAUACGAUCAGCAUUGGAGGCAGAGGGGGGCGGAGCAAGUCACAGCUAAUGGACUGAAGAUUGUCCUUCAUCAUGGAAACAUCGAGGACCAGACUACGGAUGUCAUCGUCAACACCAUCGCUAAUGACUUGAACCUGACCCAGGGCGCCGUUUCCAGCGCCAUCCUGAAGGCAGCGGGUCCCAGACUGCAGCGGGCCGUUCACUCUGAAUCCAGAGAUCCGUUCAGCCGUGUGGUUGUAACUGAUGGCUUCAAUCUCAACUGUCAGAAAGUGUUUCAUGCCAUCUGCCCUGCUUGGGACAGUAGAGGAGGUAACGUUAUGAAGGAGUUAGUAGCAAUCAUCCAUUGCUGUCUGGAAGAGGCUGAACAAAGCCAGAUGGCAUCGCUGUCUUUCCCUGCAUUAGGAACAGGAAACCUGAAUUUUCCUAAAGACUUGGUUGCCCAAGUCCUGCUGAAAGAAAUCCACUCGUUCAGCUGCAGGAGUCGUCCUCGUUACCUGAAGGAGGCCGUCAUCGUCGUGCACCCCAGCGACAGGGAGACCGUAGAGUGUUUCACCAGAGAGUUUUAUGGCAACGCCAGUCCAAGAAACACCCAACCGAUGUUUCAGGGUGAUGGCGCGUCUGCGCCUCGGGAAAACCUUCGACACUCUAAACACUCCCCUGCAUCUUCAUCCGGGUCCUUCAGCGUGGUCUCCUCCCCCUCCCUCGGUGUGUACCACAUGCAGCUGGGUCAGCUCACCUUGGAGGUGUCCUCAGGUGACAUCACCAAGGAGUCCUGUGAUGUCAUCGUCAACUCUUCCAAUCCGACCUUUGACCUUUACGCAGGAGUGUCGAAGGCGAUCUUAGAUUGCGCUGGAGCUGAAGUUCAGAGGGAGUGUGCACAAAUCGUGAAAUCUUCACCUCACAAAACAAUGAUCAUGACCAGCGCCGGUCAGCUUCCAUGCACUAAUAUCAUCCACAUUCCCGGCCAGAAUGACCCUGCAAACAUUAAAAGCACCGUCUAUGAUGUUUUGAAGUAUUGUGAGGGUGAUAGGGUCACCUCUGUCGCCUUCCCAGCUUUGGGAACAGGCCAGGGUGGAGUCAACCCAUCAGCUGUAGCCGACGCCAUGGUUGAUGCCGUGGUGGACUUUGUGAGGAAGAAAAGCCCCCAGUUUGUUCAGAGCGUGAAGAUCCUGAUCUUCCAGACGCAGAUGAUGUCCCACUUUCACAACAGCAUGAGGAAGAGACAAGGAGAGGAGGUGCAGGAGAAGGGCCUGUUCGGAAAAAUCAAAGAUGGCAUCACCUCCUUUCUUGGGUUUGGAGGACACCAGCCCCCCAUGAUUGACCAUGUGCUGCAGAAGGAGGAGUUUGAUCCUGCUGUAUUUCAACUGUGUGCUGAGAACAAAAAGGAUGUGAAUGUGGCCAAGGAGAGGAUCACAGAUCUCAUCAUGCAUGAGCAAGCAAAGAGAACCAUCUCUGACCAGUACAUCAACCAGCUGUCCCCAGCCGAUGUGAAGGAGCUGAACGACCUGCAGAAGAAACUGACGGUGAGCAUCUGCCUGGAGAGGGGGAAAAACGAGGAGGAGCCCAAGAUUCACCUGGAGGGUUUGACCCGAGACGUCUACAGUGCAGAUGCUUCAAUCAGGGACAUCAUUCGGAAAGUUGAGAGGAACGAGAUCUUGAAGAACAAAGCCAUCCUGGUGAGUGGACUGGUGGAGUGGCAGUACCAGAAACCCAGUGGGAGCAUGGUUCCCUUUGACAUUUACAUGAACCUCAAACUGGAGGAAGCUCUGGAGAAGAAACAACCAGUGAAGAUCCAAAUCAACAACAGAGACUUUGAUGCUGAUCCAGAACAAAGAAAAGCAUCAGAUGGAAGGACCUUCAUAGAGUUACUCAGGAAAGACCUGAAAGAGGACACCCUGCCGUCACACUGGGAUCCCAUGAACACUGCCACUGUGGCGCUGUUCCCCGUGGCUGCAAGGAAGCAGGAAUACAAGAACGUGCUGAAGAAUCUGAAGCAGAAUGGACUCAAUCUGAACAUCAUCAGUAUCGAGCGAGUCCAAAAUUUUGCUCUGUGGAAGAGCUAUGAGCUACUCAAGAAGCAGAUGGAGCAGAAGAACAAGCACAAGAAGAACGAAAGAGUCCUGUUUCAUGGCACCACCGACAAAUCCAUCGAUUUGAUCAACAAAAAUGGCUUUAACCGCAGCUACGCCGGACUGCACGGAGCAAUGUUCGGGAAGGGCUCUUACUUUGCUGUGGAUCCCGCCUAUUCGGCUCAGAACUACGCCCAACCCGACAACCAAGGGCUCAAGCGGAUGUACCAGGCCCGGGUUCUGGUCGGGGACUUCACCCACGGCAAUCCUAGCUUGAUUGUCCCUCCUUCUAAAUCUGGGCAGUCGGCUGACCUGUACGACAGCGUCGCGGAUAACAAAAAUCCUCCGAGCAUGUUUGUGGUCUUCAACGACAUCCAGGCUUACCCAGAAUACCUCAUCACCUUCACCUGAGUCCUCACAGUUAUGAUGUUUAAUCAAACCAAAAGAUUCAAGUUCAUGUUUAAUGUUGCCUGAUUCAUUUAAGAGUCAAUCUGUUCGAUGUUUAUUUUCUUCUGUGAUUUUUGUUGACUCUGCUGUUGACCAGAGGAAGUGCACUUUUAUCACCCUAAUAUAAUACAAUAGUUUCAAUUAAAAGCAUUCAUUUCAA